CAGCGUCCUUGAGCACCCCGCACCACCACCAUGCGGACACCCAAGGGGCCGUGGAGAGGGCUUCUUUUGCAAUGACACCACCAUCCAAUACCCCCGAGUGGCCCAUCAUCGAAGACUCGGCACUCAUAAAGAUGGGCUUCUUCGUCUCCAUCUUCACGAUCAGCCUUGGAGAGUUGAUUUGUGUCAAGCUCCUGCAGCUGAGCUCGCCAGCCUUCAUGAGCAGCACUUACACGGUCAUGAUCUACAAGCAGCUGGGCACCUUCAUUUUUGGCGGCCUGGCCAGCUGCUCCCUGACCAGCAUUGCCAAGAUGACCACAGGUCACCUGCGGCCCCACUUCCUGGCCGCAUGCCUGCCCGACCCAGCCUCCUUUGACUGCGAGAGUGGCUACGUCACCAACUACACCUGCACAGGGCACCCCGAAGAUGUCCUCAAUGCCAGGAAAGCCUUCUAUUCUGUGGACGCCUCCAUCGGGAUGUACUCCAUGGUGUAUUUGGUGGUGAGUGUUGGCCGGAGGGUUUCAAGGCGCUGCCCACCCGCCUUCCAGCUCUAUGUACAGGCCAGUUCCUGGGGACAGAAAAUCUGGCUCUUACGGCCCACCAUCCAGCUCCUUUUCUUGUCCCUGGCUCUGUUCACUGGCUACAUCCGGGUCUUGAACCAUGGCACCACCCCUAUGAUGCCAUCUUCGGAUUCUUGCAGGGAGCUUUGA